AUGGGAAUUAGUACAGAAGGUCAUAAUCAGGUACCGCCUGCACCCGGUAAGAAGCGGAGGGGAGGAGGAGGUGUGGGGAAGAAUGGGAUAAUCAAAGGAAGUACUAGUCCUGCUGACAAAGGAAAAGGUUCAACUGGUGCAGGUGAUGGUGGUGGUGGUGGUGAGUCAGAUGACCAUGAGAUGCAUAUUUGGACAGAGAGAGAAAGGAGGAAGAAGAUGAGGAACAUGUUUGCUAAUCUUCAUGCUUUGCUUCCUCAGCUUCCUCCUAAGGCUGACAAAUCCACAAUCGUAGAUGAGGCAGUGAACUACAUCAAAACCCUACAGCAGACUCUCCAGAAGCUACAAAAACAAAAGCUAGAGAGGCUCCAAGGUGCCACAACCAUCAAUUUUGAUCCAUCAAUACUCACCCCGCAAAAUGUUGCCUUUGGCUCGAGAGAGGAAUUCUUAGCUAAUCAUGGCUCUGCAGCUAUCAACCCUUCGAAUUCACUCUUAACCUCGCAUUGUGGUCCUGUGAACUUUCAAACAUGGACUACACCCAAUGUCGUUUUGAACAUCUGCGGCGAUGAAGCGCAAAUUAGUGUGUGCUGUCCAAAGAAGGCUGGCCUCCUUUCCGCCAUAUGCUUCGUCUUGGAGAAGUAUAAACUUGGUGUGAUGUCGGCUCAUGUUUCCUCGGACUGCAAUCGCAGCAUGUACAUGAUUCAAGCACAUGCAAGAGGAGCUCCCGAUCAGUUUCUGGAGACAUUUCCUGCAGAUGAAAUAUUCAAGCAAGCUGCAGCAGAGAUAAUAUUGAUGCUCUCUUAA